AUGUGGGGCCAAUGCUCGCAGAUGUGCCACAAUGUCUUCAUCGUGGAGUCGGUGUGCGUGGGUUGGUUCUCCCUCGAGUUCCUCCUGCGGCUGAUCCAGGCGCCCAGCAAGUUCGCCUUCCUGCGGAGCCCGCUGACGCUCAUCGACCUGGUGGCCAUCCUGCCCUACUACAUCACCCUGCUGGUGGACGGCGCCGCCGCGGGCCGCCGCAAGUCAGGCGCGGGCAACAGCUACCUGGACAAGGUGGGGCUGGUGCUGCGGGUCCUGCGGGCGCUGCGCAUCCUGUACGUCAUGCGGCUGGCCCGCCACUCCCUGGGGCUGCAGACGCUGGGGCUCACGGCCCGCCGCUGCACCCGCGAGUUCGGGCUCUUACUGCUCUUCCUCUGCGUGGCCAUCGCCCUGUUCGCCCCCCUCCUCUACGUCAUCGAGAACGAGAUGGCCGACAGCCCCGAGUUCACCAGCAUCCCCGCCUGCUACUGGUGGGCUGUCAUCACCAUGACAACUGUGGGCUAUGGCGACAUGGUACCCAGGAGCACGCCGGGCCAGGUGGUGGCGCUCAGCAGCAUCCUCAGCGGCAUCCUCCUCAUGGCCUUCCCCGUGACCUCCAUCUUCCACACCUUCUCCCGCUCCUACCUGGAGCUCAAGCAGGAGCAGGAGAGGGUGAUGUUCCGGAGGGCCCAGUUCCUCAUCAAGACCAAGUCGCAGCUGAGCACCAUGUCCCACGAUAGCGACCUCUUGUUUGGAAGUGUGUCCUCGGACACCAGAGACAACAACUGAGCCCAGAGGACAUACCCCGUCGCCACCGCCAGGACACCCCCAGCUCUGCCCGCCCUCUGCGGCUUGAAGCUAUUGCCGUCACUACGAGAUGCCCUCAAAGGCACCUGCUGCUCUGAGCGCGGUCCUGGCGCAGGACCCACUGGGACCACACCCCAAGAAGGACGUCUGCAACGUGGACAGAGGGGUCCCUACCCCUCCGCCUCCACGAGAGAAGCAGAAGCUGGUCCAGAGCCCAGCACACAACAGCCCCACCCCCGCCCCCAUGUCUGUUUCCCCCAGUAAGGAGAUGGCUUUGUUCUUCCCACCAUGUAAAUAACAUGCCCAGCAAAGACUUGCUUUAUGGGUCUGCCGGGAGGGAAAAAAGACAAAUGACAGCAGGAACAUGUCUGUGUUUAGUGUGGAUCAUGUGCAAUUAAAGAAAACCGAUGAA